UGAACUUUCGUUGCUAUGGACGCCAACUUGGAGCCCACCGUGUGCUUGGAUUUUGGAGCAGCAGGCAUCACUCAGGAACAGUUGUGUGAUAUUGUUAGACAAUGCAGCAGUGCCCCCGAUAUAACGCGGCAGUUUCCGAAUCGAGUCUCCUCAGACUUCGAACCACGCAUACGACCAUUCUCUAAAAAUCGUGCCGGAUACUUAGGGGAGCACUUUAUUCUGGAGCUCAUCUUGAAAAACCCCCCACUCGAUCAUCAUAUCGCACCGUGGAUUAUGAUAUCGGAUAUUGUGGUGCCGCUUUUUCUAAAAACAUCGUCGACGAAGAUUCCGACGCUUCAGCAGUACUUGCAGUCGAUAGGGACGGCAAAAAAGGAGGCGGGCAUGUACCGCGAGCUGCUCCCACAAAUGGAUGAGUUUUCUCGGUUUGCUCCCCGUUGCUACUAUGUCGAAACCAAGGCCAACUUUACGCUCGUGCUCGAGAACUUGCAAACGCAAGGCUUUACCAGCAUCGCCAGCGAUUCGAUGGGUAUCUUUGAUCGUCAGCACUUGCAGUGUGCUCUAAUUGCACUGGCCAAGUUUCACUCCGCCUCUCUAUUGCUGGAAGCGAAAACAGGCCAUAGCUUGCUCCAGUUGUCUCCCGGUGUAUUGGAGGAAAAUGCCUGGAAGCGUACCGAAAACAAUCCUCGUGUAGAAGAGCUGAACAAUGCCAUCGAAGUGUUGCUGGAGCUUGUGAAGGUAACCGAGCGGGACAAUCCCCAGCUACUCUCCAUUCUGGACCGACUUCCACCAUUCGUCGAACAAAUCUACGAGCUAGUGAAGCCAUCUAGUGAAUAUAAGAACGUUGCUUGCCACGGCGAUCUGUGGGCAAGCAAUCUAAUGUUUCGCUACGCUGAUGGUGACACAGCGUGCCAACCCGUCGAGUGUUUGAUUAUUGAUUUUCAGUUCGCACGCUACGCACCGCCGGCAUACGAUGUAAACAUGCUUAUCACGCUGACCACAACCGGCGAGUUCCGUAAGCAGCACUAUUCCGAUCUGAUCAGCUUCUACUUCCAACGCCUGAAGGAGGAACUAGCCAAUCAUGAGGCUCACGAGGAUCUGCUGCCGAACAAAGAGGUAUUCUUAGCAUCCUGCACCAAAUAUCGCACGUCCUCAUUGAUUGAGAACUUCCUGAUGAAUCACGUGACACUGCUACCGAGAAGUAAGGUGGACCGUAUCUUUUCCUCAACCGAGUGCUACGAAGCAUUCAGCGGGAAAGCCAAGAUCGCCAUGUGCUUGGAGGUGCUGCGUGAUAAUGCAGCAUACCGUGAUCGCAUUACGGGUAUCAUACGUGACCUCAUUGCAGCACUCUGUGUCUACACGAUGGAGGUGCCAACGCCGGAGAUUCUUAGUGCCGAGGAUGUGCGGAUUGUGGUGAAAAAUAGUACGGGUACCGAGGCCAAAGUGUUGGGCUUUUGCGUGAAACGUAUGAGCGAAGAACCGAUAGGGUACAUGGCGGAUCACUUAACGCUCUGCAUCGAAAUUGCUGGUGCUGCUGGUGCUGAUAGUAAGACGAUUGUGAAUGGGACCAAAACGUCCGACCAAAGUAAUGGCCUUGCGCCGACCGACAAUAAGCUGCACUUUUUUAUGAAACUGCUCCCGGAAGCGAACCCAAAGUUGGCGGAGUACAUCGAGAAGAUGGGUUGCUUUCGGAAGGAGAUCGACGUGUACAGUGUGCUGCUGCCGGAGAUGUUGAGGCACACGCACGGGAUCGAACAAUUUAUGCCGCGCAUCCUGCUUACGAAAGAGCACAGUCUGAUCGUUUGCGAUGACCUUCGGCAGCAGGGCUACAGCCUGAAGCUUGACCGGGCGAGCAGUUUGCUGAAUCAGUCGCACAUUGAAGUAGCCCUGCGCACAAUCGCCAAGCUACACGCAACAUCCAUCAUCUACGAGGAGCGGGAGGGCACACCGUUGGCGGAAACCUGCCGAAGGCUCGCGCGGAACGGCACGGCCAACAUGCUCGAGGAGAACGUGUACAUUAACCGUGAAUCGUACGUUCGCACGACCAAUCUAGAAAACUGCAUACAGGUGCUAUGCGAGCUGACCAAACGGAUCGACAAGUAUCGGCAGGCGGACAACCUCGAACAAAUUCUCGAUCAAAUACCGGUGCUGGUGCGGAAAAUUUACGAUUUCGCCAAGCCAUCGAAAGUGUUUCGAAAUGUGCUGAAUCAUGGGGACCUAUGGUGCAAUAAUAUCAUGUUCAAGUACGAGCCACAGCUGAACGGCACACAAGCCGGGACGGGACAACCGGUCGAUGCAAAGUUGGUGGACUUUCAAUUUUCACGCAUUGCCCCACCGGCGUACGAUGUGAUGGCCCUGAUCAUGAUAUCCACCCUGAGCACGUUCCGGGAACCGUUGUUGGAUAGCUGGAAGCAUCUGUACUACAAUCAAUUGGCAGACUACCUAGCAGCUAACGACUUGGAGGCAGAACGGUUGCUGCCUCGGACAGUAUUUCUCGAGUCCUGUGCUCACUACCAUCUGGCCGGGCUAAUCGAAAGCUGCAUGUACUUCCAUUGGCCUCCGGAGCAGGAUUGUUACGAGUGGGACGAGAGCGUGUCGGACGAUUUCGAUUGUAAAACCAACUCGACCGUGUUCGUGCGGGCCAGCAUUCGCGGGUACGAGAAGUACGAACAGUACCGGAUACGCAUCAGUGAUAUGAUCACGCAGAUUGAGAUGCGGAUAGGCGAUGCGCCACCGAUGGGGACGGUCAAAUUGAGUGAGCUGUACUCCACCUUCAUCCAGCUGCCGCUAACGGCCAGUCUACAGAUUAGUAACGAAAUUUGUUCCAACUGCGUGACUGUGUUGAAGGAAUUUUAUCUCUUUCGCGAACGAGCGCACCGUUCGUUCGAGGAGCUGCAGACCAAGGCAGAUAUUGCGAAGAUUAUAAGCCACCUGGAGCACAGCAGUGUCGGCAGUGUGCGGCCCGAACGCCUCAUCGAAGACUUUGACGAAGAGUAUGAACCGAUGCUUCCCGAUGAACCACCAGAACCCAGCUUGGAAGCACCGGAAACCGAUUGCAACAGUGGCCCAUUUCGGUGUACGAUUUGCCAAAAGAUGUUCAAGAUGCGUAAACUGUUGCUUCGGCAUGAGGAAGUGCAUCGAUCGACGGAUCAACGAACAGCGCGCUAUCACUGCCAGUUCUGUGAGAAACACUUCCGCACGCAAAAGGGAUGUAGUACUCACGAACUGAAAGCACACCGGCGACCAAGCUUGAAGAAAGGGUUAGCCAAUAGCCACGAAAACGAUGGAUCACGUUGCCGAUUGAUCAAAAAGCGGGUGGAGCAUAAGUGUCUUAUCUGCGAGAGUCACUUCAGUACCGCACGAUUGCUUAAAGAACACAACGCUACGAUGCACCCUCUGCAGGCGAAUCGCUUCCCAUGUGAUCUUUGUACCAAAACCUUCACACGCAAAUCGUCCCUCAACGUACACAAGAUGGUACUGCAUGCCGGUAUACGGCAGCAUUCUUGUCACAUUUGUGCGCGUUCCUUUGGGAAGGAAGACUCGCUUAAAACACACCUGGAACUGCACACGGGCAAGACGCAUCGGUGUAAACUCUGCAACAAGGCAUUCGUAAAGGCCAGCUUUCUACGCAAACAUCUGGAGCAGCACGAAUCGGAGGAUGCAAUAAGGCGAUUCGUGUGUCGCGUCUGCUCAAAGGCGUUCACCACGAAGAGCCAUCUCAGUGAUCACGAGCUGAUACAUAGCGAUGAGCGGCCGCACCGGUGCAAUACGAUCCGUGGGGUCUACUCGCUUAAUAUCCAGCGGGCCGUACAGCUAGCAAGUAGUCGUUUAGAACAUUUCACCAUGGAUCCAUCGACGAUCGGGUUGACCGAGCAGGACAUUGAGACGGUGGUGAAGAGCUACAUUAAGGAUAAACGCAAUCGGGUGAAUGGAAAGUUCCGGCUAGUUUCCUAUCAGGUGCGUCGGUUGAGUGAGGAUCCGAUCGGUUACCUGGGUGAUCACUAUCUGUUGGAUGUGAAUUUGCGGGAAAAAAUGGUCCACUACACACCGGAAGAGGAAGAACAGUACGCCGAGGAAGAGUAUAUAAGCUUCUUCCUGAAGGUGCUGCCCGAGACCGUACCGAAGCUAGCGGAUUAUAUCAAGGAAAUGGGUUGCUUCCGUAAGGAGAUCCUGCUGUACAAGCAUCUCAUCCCACGGCUCCAGGACGUGAUGAUUGGCACGCGCCAGUUCGUUCCGACCGCGUAUUACACCAAGGACGAGCGUAUGGUCGUGUUUGAGAAUCUGCGCACCGAUGGCUACAGCAUUGUCGAGGGUACGACGAAUUUACUCGAUCUCGAGCAUCUGAAGGUGGCACUGCAGGCGGUGGCCAAACUGCACGCCUCCUCGCUCAUCCUGGAGGAACGCUCUGGUGCACCGAUUCCGAAGCUCUUUGUCGGUUAUCUCAACGAGAACGCCUACGUGGAGGAUGAAGAUCACGUGCGCAAGGUGAAUCUAGAUAACGCGAUCCGCGUGAUGUGCGAGAUGAUUAAGCGGAUCGACUGCUACGCCGGUUCUGACCGCUUAGACGAGAUACUGCGCAAGGUGCCGGAUGUCGUGCGCAAGAUUUACGAUUUCUCCAAACCCUCAACCGUCUACCGGAAUGUACUGAACCAUGGCGAUCUGUGGAGUAAUAAUGUGAUGUUUAGAUACGAGCUGAUUCCGACGAGCGGAGACAAUGGCAAGGACGGGCACCUUACUGAAGGUGAGCAAAAAGAGGGUGAACGAGAGGAUCGGGAGGUAGUGACGGCUGCCUUCGAACGGCCUCAUCGCCGGAAGCGUUCCUCUAUCAAGCGACUGAACCCGAACGAGGUGCUUAACCUUGGCAACUGGUCAGCGCCGGCAGGAGCACGUCCAUCGAGUUGCAUACUGAUCGACUUCCAAAUUGCACGCUACGCCCCGCCAGCCUACGAUGUGCUGUCCUUUCUGACGUCCACUACCACCCGUACCUUUCGGAAGCAGUACCUGGAGGAGUUGCUGGAUGGGUAUUACGAGGCUUUGCGCGUGGAGCUGGAUUGGUUCCAUCGGGAUGUACGUGAAGUGUUCCCCGGUGGCUACGGUUCCUAUCGAGAAUCAUGCGAUCAGUAUCAACUCGCUGGAUUGAUCGAUAGCAUCCUCUAUCGGCAUGUGACGAUGCUUCCGGUUGAGUUGGUGGCACGGUGUCGAGAAGAGCACCGUCUACCCGUUGGUGGUGGCGAUGGCUCAUCGCGGGUUAGAGACGCGCGACUCGUAGACUUUCAGCUGGCCCGUUACGCACCGCCAGCGCUGGAUGUAUGGACACUGCUUAUGCUCUGUACGGUGCGUGACUUUCGUCGCACGCACGCCCGGUCGCUGCUGGACUGGUACUAUAAGUCCUUGAAGGAGCUGCUCACUAGCGCUGGUGGGCUGGAAAUAGAGCGGGUCGUGCCACGGGCACAGUUCGAUGCAUCCUGUGCCGAUUUCGAACUGGCCGGGCUCAUCGAAUCGUUACUCUUCAGCCAUCUAACGCUGAUUCCCAAACGGUUCGCCAAGGAUAUGCUGCAGUGCUCGGAGGCCUUCGAUAGCUUUUUGCGCGGCAACGGCAAGGAGCGCGUGUGUCUGGAAUCGUUCGAAACGGAUACCACCUAUCGUGAGCGGCUGUCCGAAAUGCUGACCGAGCUUAUCGAAUCGUACUGCUUGGUGGACUAG